AUGCCACAGGCAAGCAAGCGAAGACUCAGCGACAAUGAGGCUACUUCAAUGAGUCCCUCUUCUAGCUCCAAUAGCAGUAGCGGGAACAAACUUUCAGUCUCUACGAAUAAGACCACGCCAGCCCCGAAAAAAUUGAGCUGUCAAAGAUGUCGUCUUCGCAAGAUGAGAUGUGAUUUCAAUAACCCAUGUCUGAAUUGCAAAACAGUUGGCGUUGAAUGUAUUGAAACGACUCAGGACAUGAGAAAAAAGAGACCACCAGCUACCUAUGUCAAAAGUCUAGAGGCACAAGUCCAAUCGAUCAAGUCAUUUAUCCAAUCCUUCCGUAAAUUGAAAAACACCAAUGAUCAAAUUAAGUAUUUGCAAAACACGGAUAUCUUGACCGAUGUACUCCAAAUGGAACAAAAAAAUGGUCUGAUUCCUUCUUCGAUGGGUGUUGAUUCGCCGCUUCCGCAUCCACACGAUCCACAUGAUCCACACGAUCAUCACGAUCAUCACGAUGAGAUUGAAGAAAAUAAAGCCAUCUAUGGACCAACAUCGGUGUAUGGAAACUCCAUUAUUACAAACAAUAGAAAUAAUUCCAAUGCAACUUCCUCAACAAGUAAGCGCGAGACAGAAGUACUGGUUAUAAAUACGAUGAAUAAAGAUCCGGAGAUUUUACAAUGUCUUCAUCUAUUUUUUACAUGGCAGUAUCCUGACCAUAACAUGUUUAUAUUUCGAGAAGCAUUUCUCAUUGAUUUUUUCAACCCAACGCCAACCAGUCUUUACUGCUCCAAAGUUUUGGUCUUGAGUAUUUGUGCAUUGGGUUCACGAAUGGCAAUAGACGAAAAGAUUCAUCAUAAAUCAAAGCAAUACUACCGCGAACUGAAAACAUUGCUUUUGAACACUAUGAGCCAGCCAUCUAUAACUUCUUUACAAAGUUUCUUAUUAUUGGCAUUCUUUGAUAUUUGCAAUGGACUGAACUCUAGUGGAUGGAUGUUAUCGGGCAAUGCAAUGAGAAUGGGGUUUGAUAUAGGAUUCCAGUUGAACCCGGAAGUCUGGUUUGUGAAAUCUAAAGAGAGCUUGAAUAAGUUAGACGUGGAGAUUAGGUCGCGAAUAUACUGGGGCUGUUUUAUGGCUGAUCAUUUUAUUAGCUUGGUUUUGGGAAGACCAUCGAUCUUGAAACUUUCCGAUGCAUCUAUUCCUGUUACCAGUGAUUUACCAGAUUUGGAAUGGAUUGACGAUUUUACUUACAAUGGCUAUUUGAAAAACAAAGAAAAGGAAGGUAAUUUGAAACGGAAAAAGCUUGAGGUUAUACCUAGCACGGCAACAAAAGCUGUUUCGUACAUUAGCGAUCCUUUAAACCAAAUUAUAAAUCUCAUCAAUAUUUCCGACAAUAUGUUGAAUGAUAUUUUCACAAAGUCCGAUUUAGAAAAUGAAAGAACAAACAAUUUUAACAGCAACAGCAACAGUAACAGUAACAGUAGCAAUAGCAGUAACGGCGGAAAUGCUACGGACGAUUUGGACUUGACAUCUCGACUAGGCAAAGUAUUCGACUACAACUGGCAAAUUAUGCAAUGGAAGGAGAAACUACCAAGCGACUUGCAAUGGGACAGAGAAUCUUUGGUUAAUACUGGUGAAAACCCAACGUAUUCAGGGAUACGCUACUACUAUUAUAUCUUAAUUCUUUGCUUAAAUAGACCAUUCAUUGGACUUGAGUCGGAGAGCUUUCCAACAAACAACCAUUUGUCGCCAUUGCCCAUUUGCUUGAAUGCAAUAGAUGACCUUUAUGCAUCGAUUCAAAAAUUUGAGCUUGAACAUGGUUACAAAAGAGCAUCGAUUUUUAUUGUUUAUGCGUCAAUCUUGUCUAUUUCGAUUAUUUUGUUAACAAAUUCCUCAAUCUCACAGACAAAUGAACAUAGCGAGCGUCUCCAAUUUUUUAUGGGUGUCCUAAGAGGAUGCUCACGCACUUGGAAACUUGCUGAAAAAUCAUAUAAUAUGAUUAAAGAAAAAUUGAAACAAAGCUACGACUCAGAUGAUUUAAAAGGUGUCAAGAAUCAAAGCGAAGAAUUGUUUAGGACAACAAUGAAAAAUGAAAUUGAAGAUGUCGAGAACCCCAUGCCCAACUCAGAGAUGCACUAUGCGCCGCUCGUAGAGAAUAGCGAUAGUAUCGAUAGGCAAAUUUCUCCUACCUCGAGUGCCGAAACGCAAAAUUUCUCUAAUGCAGAUAUGCUACUAGCGGAUAACAUUGACUUUUUUGGUGGUCCUCCUGUGUUGAUGACUUCCGACUUGUUCAAUGAGGAUUGGGAACAGUUGUUUCCUGACUACAUUUUCCAUUCGAGAAACUGA